AUGAAAUUCUUGAUUGUGAGAGUGAACUCCGUGGGCCUGGAGUUCACUGGCCGUGCUGGAUACCCGGAAGUCGAGAUGGUUAUGUGUGACAUGCUCCGUGUCCCAGUGAUGGCCAUCUACGGUGUUGAGCUUGUAACUGCUCAUUGGGUUAUUCUCAAGUUCGUGGGGGAGGAGGAAUACCGUGACUUCCUCCGACGUUAUGAGGGGCGUUCGUUGCCGUUGCCGGAUGGUGCCGGCUCUGUGUCCAUUACGGACCGUAGUGGUGCCUUAACGUAUGUCAGUGUGCAUGGGGCGCCCCUGGAGUUUCCCGAAGACCUGCUCCGACGUUACUUCCAGAGGUUUGGAGCUGUCGCUGCCGGGUGCACUGGGGCAAUGGUUACUCCCGUCAACUUGUUCCGGGAGGAGGACUCCGGGGGAAGCUUAGAAAACUUUAUGGGCUACAAGAUGAGAAUAGUAACAACAUCGGUAGUUCUACCGUAUCUUGACUACCAGAGGGCCAGCGAGAUCCCUGGAACAGCCGUCACACUGACUGACUCCUGUGAUGCCCGGCUCAUCCACACCUUCGCGGCAAAACUCAACUUCACUUUCGAUGUUCAUGAGGCCAUUAACCGCACCUGGGGAGUGGAGACGAAUGGUACCUUCACGGGGACGAUCGGUCUGCUCCAGCGAGAGGAAAUGGACUUUUCCACUCUUACAGUACCGACGGCAAAUCGCCUCAGAGUUGUUGAAUUUGUAAUUGCAUAUCCUACCGACACCUUAUCAAUAACCUCUCUCAAGCCAACGCUGCUGCCUAAAUCUCUCGCUCUCAUACGUCCAUUUGAAGGUGAGGUGUGGGUGGCGCUGCUGGUUAGUAUGGUUAUGUGGGGCGUGACCCUGUGGCUGAUGGAGAGGGCGUGGCAAUGGGUGGCUGGAGGGCGUCAGGUGGCGCUCAACACAACCUUCCUAUACGCCUGGGGUGCACUCCUGCAGAACCUGCCCUCUGAACCGUCCGUCAACUUCUCCAGCAGGAUGUUGGUGGGGUGGUGGCUUGUGUUUUGCCUGAUAGUCACUACAGGGUUCAGUUCUUCUUUGAUGGCUCACCUUACUGUACAAGGCAGGUCCCAGCCAUUAGAGACCUUCCAGGACCUGGUGAACCAGCCUGGCUGGAGGUGGGGAACUCCACUGUGGGUAUUGUCCGAAGCAGUUGUUGAUUACUUCGUGAAACAUCCAAACCCUGCAGUCAAUCAUGUCUAUCGUAAAAUGGAGAUCAUACGGGAGGACGAACCACUUAAGAAAGUGCUGGCAGGAGGAUUCUCCUUGAUCUUCCUCAAGAACUUCGCCACCAUCAACGUUGCAACACGAUACACGGACGCGAGAGGCAACACUCCCUUCUUCAUCAGCAGGGACAUCCCUGUGUUUCUGGGAGCAGGUUGGUGCAUCAGGAAAGGUGCACCUUUUCGCAAAGAAUUCAGUCAACUGAUGACUCGACUGGAUGCCGCUGGAAUUACUACUUACUGGCCUGACGACGUUAUAGCCAGUAAGGUGAGGGAAAAGAGGAAGGUUUUAAACCUGGGCACUACGACUGUUCUCGGAGAUAUAUUUCAGGAUGAAGGGAAGGAAGUGGUGCUGAGCCUCAACCAUCUGCAGGGAGCCUUCUACAUGUUGCUGGUGGGGUCCUGCGUCGCCUUCCUCACCCUGCUGGGGGAGAACCUCGCCCACUGCUGCUCCUCGCCUCAGUAACACCUUCCUCACCCUGCUGGGGGAGAACCUC